GCUCUCCCCUGCUACAACACUACAGACUGCUACGACUGAAGAUAAAAGUGUCUUGAUUUUUACCUCUGUAGUGAGUAUCAAACAUGGAUGGUUUCCAAACAGUCCUGAAAUUCUUUAUGAACCGGAAAACCGCUAUAGGUUACAGUUUUAUGGCACUGCUGACAAUGGGAGGUGAACGUGUGUUUUCUCUUGUUGCUUUCAGAUGCCCCUGCAGCAAUGAAAACUUCAGGUACGGUUUAGUAUUUCUCUUCUCCCCAGCUUUUGUUUUGCUAGUUAUUGGAUAUUUCUUGAACAGCAAGACCUGGAAACUCUUUACAGGCUGCUGGGUGAAUCCCAGAAAAAUAUUCCCCAGAGGGAAUAUCUGCCAUUUCUUUUACGUCUUCGGACAAAUCACUUUAAACGCUCUGGUAGCCCCAGUAAUGUGGCUUUCUGUGGCUUUGCUCAACGGGACUUUUUACGAAUGUGCCAUGAGUGGCUUGAAAAAUCCUGCCUACUUACAUGCAGUUUGCCACAGCAAAUCUGUGAAGUGCUUUGAAGAGCUACACAAGGUAGCCUGUGACAAAAGCUCCAUGCCCUUUUCAGAGAGCGACGAACUGAAACGAACUCUUCAAGCACAGUCCCAGAUUUUAGGCUGGUGUGUGAUAGUUACCACAGCUCUUCUCUCCCUGCUAACCACUUGCUGUGCCAGCUGCCAGUCGAAAGUCAGCCACCUCCAGCUGAUGUUCUGGAGGGUGUACGCGGAGAAGGAGAAGGAGCAACUGGAGCAGAUUUUCCAGAUGUAUGCAACCAAGCUGAGCGAGCGAAACCUGAAGUGCUUUUUUGAGAGCAAGGAACCGGAAGCAAUUCCCCUGCCAGCUUUUCAGGCAUGGGAAGAUGCUUCCCAGCUCUACUCUUUCAGCAGUAGCAAACAACAUUAUAGCACAAUUCACAGGCUAGUUGAAGAAGGCCAGACAGAAGUCAAUGAGGAAAGAGAGACAAUGCUGGACUUUGUAGACAGAAGGGAAAUACCAUAGCUCAAAUAUAUUUUCAGCUUUUUUAUAUCUUGCUAAAAUAGCAUACUUCUAGCUGGUUUCACGUCUAUAUUUUGUCACAAUGGACUCUUUCUUUUUCAUCACGUUCCCUCCCAGUUACAAGCUUGCUGCAAAAGGAUAGAAUGAAAUUAUUUCCCUACACCAGUGAAAAGGUUGCAGUUCUCCAUGGCACCUAGGGUUCACGCUCUACUAAUGUUGCUGGCUCCGGAUCAAGACCUGACAGAAAAAAGAGAUGAUUAAUGACUUCUACAAGAGGGUUUUAACAAUAUCAUAUGUAAAAGGUGCUACAGUAUGCUCAUCCUAUUUAAAUCAAGAGACUAUCAUAAAGUAACACCAUUUAAAAGGUGUGAACAUAAUAAUAGAAGAUAUGUGUGGCUUUCUGACAGCCCAUAGAAAGUACAGGUUUUGCUUCCAGGUCAUUUCCAGGCCAUUUUCAGGUACAGCAUUGUUUUGAGGCACCAAUGGUCACUCAAGGCAUCCCAGUGUCUUUGGACUCCUGUUGCACCUAGAACGCUAAGGAUGGUCACAGUGAUCAGCCCUGGUCUUCUAGUCCCUGAGACAUCUGCCUGGGACAUGGGGCAGUGACCUCCAUUGACAGUGAGGUGCCAGGUAAUUUUUUAGACAAAUCUUAUAGCUGAAGUGUAGGGUACCGAGAACUUGAAAUUACCAAAUGGUUCAGCAUUUUUGUGGUUUUGUUAGAAAAUAACACGCUAUUUUGAAACAUAAUCAAUUGUUGUUAGUGCUUCGUUACAAUAAUGAAAAUGCAUCACUGAUAUUUUGACUCCAUAGAGUACUUGGUAUUAUCCUCUCCCACUGAGAAUUUCUCUUCGUACAGGUAUAAAGAUCCUGUUUUGAGUGGGUUUUGGGCACUGAGUGCAGCCUGUAGAGCUAUCUAAUAUUGUUUGUACUGGGCCUGCAGCCAGUGUACAACAGAGGGCCUGGAAGGAAAUUCCACAUUUUAAGACAAGAAAAUAUUUUUGCUGCAGGCUGAUUUUCAUUUUUCUGAAUAUCUUAGGAAACGUACUGUCUGGAGCAAGAGGCAGGCAACACAGGUGAGGUGACUGCACAAUCAGUGCUUCUGACAAAUGCAUUUCACCCCAGAGCCCUACACUUUACCUCACCCACUUGGAAUUCACCACGUGGCUCUCACACAGGGUGUCCAGAGUCUUUGCACACACUGUAUAAAAGGAGAACAAAGUUUCUGCCAAGUUUCUUUCCCUGGGGUGACUGGGCAGGCUUUUAUGAAGCAUUUUACUGCCAGUGUUCCUGAGUCUGCAAAGGAUCAUAUUUUUGCUCUGCUUGAAUCAGGCUCUUAUCAACAAAACAGGGUACUCUGCCCAGCUGUUCUCAUACUCACUGCGCUUAUUCAGCACAAAAAACAUGUACAUGCAUUUACAGACUGUUACUCUUUUUUUUAAAAUAAAAUCCAAGAGCU